AAGGCCAGCCCGCGGGUGUGGAGCGUCCGCCGGUCCCUGGGGAGCGACCAGGAACGGCCGUGGGUGGUAGUGCUGCCGCUCAGCCUGCUGUGCAGCGCGCUGCUGCUCUGGUGCGCACUCAGGGAGGAGACGGAGAUCGACGAGCGGUUGGCGGCGGCGUUCUGCGAUCAGAGCGCGGACGCUGCGGACACGGCCCGGGACAGCG